GACUAGCUAGCUAGCAUGCGAGGACCUUUCACGUAAAUGGCGCUUGUCAAAAGGGAAAUAUAUCAGCGUUUGCUGUUCUUUGCCGCUUUUCUUCCAAUCUCAGGUGUUUUUUGCUUCAGCGAGUUAUUUUUCAUCAAGGAGCCCCACGAUGCGACGGUCAUGCGUAAAGAAGCCGUCAUUUUGGACUGUCAGGUGCACGGAGAGAUGCCCAUCGACGUCCGAUGGCUGAGGAACGGAGCGAAAGUGGUGGAGAACGAGCGGGUGUACCUCCUCUCCAACAGCUCCCUUUACAUUUCCGAAGUGGAGAGCAGACGAGGAGACAAAUCAGAUGAGGGGUUCUAUCAGUGCCUUGCGCAGAACAAGUACGGCGCCAUCCUCAGCCAGAGGGCCCGGCUGACAAUCACAAGUAUUUCAUCGUUUACAGCCCAGCCAACGUCAAUCGUGGUAACUGAAGGCUCAGUUGCCAGAUUUUCCUGCAAAAUCAGUGCGCACCCUCCUCCCAUCAUCACUUGGGAGUUCAAUCGGGUAACAUUACCCCUCGUCACUGAAAGAAUCACAGUCCUGCCCAGUGGCGCUCUUCAGAUUCACGGGGUGCAGCGGGCAGACGGUGGCAAUUACCGCUGCGUCGCCACCAACAUUGCAAACCGGCGACGUAGCACGGAGGCCACGCUCACCGUUACUUCAGCUCCCAACCCCCGGCUUCCCCAGAGGCCACGCAUCAUAGCUGGGCCCCAGAACAUCUCUGUGUCGGUGCACCAGAGCGCCACUCUGGAGUGCAUGGCCACAGGCAAACCCCGACCUAUCAUUUCCUGGAGUCGAGCAGACAGCAAAUCUAUUGAUGUCUACCACACCAAAGUACUGGGAAAUGGCAACCUCAUCAUUACGGACAUCAAGCCCCAGCACAGAGGAGUCUACGUGUGCCGAGCUUCCACUCCUGGGACAAGAAACUUUACUGUCGCUGCAGCCAAUGUUACUGUACUUGUACCGCCUUCUUUGGUGGAGUGGCCAGAGAGCCUGACGCGUCCGCGUGCCGGCACGGCUCGCUUUGUGUGCCAAGCUGAGGGGUUUCCAGCACCUCAGAUCACCUGGCUCAAGAACGGAGAGAGAAUUCACUCCAAUGGUCGAAUCAAGAUGUACAACAGCAAACUAGUGAUCAACCAGAUAAUUCCCGAGGACGACGCCAUCUAUCAGUGCCAGGCUGAAAACGAGCAGGGCGCGGUGCUCGCCAUGGCGAGGCUCAUCGUGGUCAUGUCGGAGGACCGCCCCAGUGCGCCCAAAAAUAUCCGAGCGGACACAGUCUCGAGCUCGGCUAUCCUGCUGGCUUGGGACAGGCCGCUUUAUAACUCUGAUAAAGUUAUUGCUUACUCUGUGCACUACAUGAAGGCUGAGGGAUUAAACAACGAGGAGUACCAAGUUGUGAUUGGAAAUGAUACGACUCGCUAUAUUAUUGAUGACCUGGAGCCAGCUCGCAACUACACGUUCUAUGUGGUAGCCUACAUGCCCAUGGGAGCCAGUCGCAUGUCUGACCACAUGUUCCAGCACACACUCGAGGAUGUUCCCCUCCGCGGCCCCGAGCUCAGCCUCACCAGCCGUAGCCCCACCGACAUCCAGGUGUCGUGGCAAGCCCUCCCUGACAAGCUGAGCCGCGGCAGAGUCUCUGCCUACCGUUUGUCGUACCGAACCAGCGCUGAGAACUCAGUCUCUCAGCUUGAGCUGCCGGGAGAAAAGACAAAGUACCUGAUAGAAAACCUGCAGCCUGACACCAUCUACCUCCUGCGAAUCGCUGCCGCCACCAGCGUUGGGUGGGGUGAGCAGUCGGCCUGGACCUCCCACCGCACCCCGAAGGCAUCCAGUGCACAAGUUCCACUUUCUCCUGAGCUGCAUUUGGAGCCCUUGAACUGCACCACAAUUUUGGUGCGCUGGCGGCUGGCACAGAGAAAUCCGGCAAGCGUGCAAGGCUACAAACUCUUCUACCACGAGGAGAGCCAGUCUGAGAGUGUCCCGCUUCAGCUGCGUACCUCGGAUCACUCGCACACUAUCGGAGGCCUCGACCCAAGGAAGAAAUACCAUGUGAAGCUUCUGGCUUACAACUUCAUUGGAGAUGGCUACCAGGCAGACCAGACUAUCAGCACCCCCGGAUGUGUCUCCGUUCGGGAUCGCCUGGUGCCACCUCCGCCACCUCCUCAUAACGUGUAUGCGAAGACCAACAGUUCGUCAUCCAUCUUCCUUCACUGGGGCAGACCAGCCUUCACCUCCAGCCACGCGAUCAACUACACUGUCCGCUGCAACCCUGUUGGCCUGCAGAACGCCUCCCUGGUGCUCUACCUGCAGACGAAUGAGCAAAGCCUUUUAGUACAAAAUCUGCAGCCUAACACCAAGUAUGAAUUUGCUAUCCGGCUCCAUAUCGAUCAGUUGUCCAGCCCAUGGAGCCCUGUGGUCUACCAAAGCACCUUCCCUGAGGCUCCCACGCUGCCUCCCACCAACAUCAAGGUGACUCUGAUCGAGGAGGACACCGCCCUGGUGUCAUGGAAGCCCCCGGAGGAAGCCAGCCUUUCUGUUACACACUACACGAUCCUGUACGCUUCCCGAAAUGAGUGGCUCGCCGGGGAAUGGCAGGUGCUGCAAAGAGAAGGAAGCAUCACCAUGGCGCUGCUGGAGAACUUGAAGCCCGGCCAGUUUUACCUUGUGAAAGUGUCGGCGUCCAACAACAUGGGCGGCGGGCCCUUCUCUCACAUGGUGGAACUGACAGUGCGAGCAGAUCCAACCUCUGGUCACGACCCGCGGUUCUCGCGGGGCUCCACACACUCCAACGUAUUUACCGAUGGCUUCUACCACCUGGACCAAACAUCUAUGACGGGCAUCACUGUGGGGGUCUCCAUCGCACUCAUGUGCAUCAUCAUCUGUGCUUUCAUCCUGGUGUGCAGAGGCAAACACAGGAAACCAUCAGCUGUUAAACUGCACAGCGAAGGAAGGAGCCCAGCCGCCUCCACCGCCGGACGCCCUGGCUCGGAGGGCUCGGCUGAGAACGCCGACGUGAGUGUAGCCAUGCUGAGCCAGAAUCAUUUCAUCGAUAGCAAGGGUGGAACAGAUCUCAUCAUCAAUUCACUUGGUCCAGUUGAGGCUAGUGCUGAGAAGAAAAGCAAAUGGUUUUCCUUCAGAGUGUUAAAGAGUGUAAAAGAUGUGCAGAAGAUGAAAGGGGGGGCGGCCUCCUUCCGGCCAGGUUCCACCGUGCUGAGCUACGAAGAGGAGCGGUCCGUCCCCACGGAGCGGCCCGCCUCCCCGCGGGCUCUGCUCGGGCGUCCCGGAGAUUCGGAGGGCUCCUCCGGCAGCGAGGGCAGCCACGCCACCAACGACUCCGGCCGCUUCUCGCAGGACGAGACGGAGAUGACCAACCUGUCGUCCGGUCCCAGCAGCCGCCAGCCGUCUGUGACGGCGGAAGACGGCGGCGGCAACGAAGAGGAAGAAACGUGUCGAGUGGCCCGGCACGGUCAGACUCAUUUGAGGUUGGUGGAGUCCGUUGAGGAGCUCUGCUGUCAUCAGGAAGCCCAAAGUGGUCAGCCUUUGCUUUCGCUGUCUCAAGUUGUGUGAGUCUGUGUGUGUGUGUGUGUGUGUGUGUGUUUGUGUGUGUGUGUGUGUGUGUGUAUGCAAAGCCAAUUGAGCAUUUAUUCACAUUCAUAUAUCCAUGUACUUGUCCUCACUA